GCGACGCGGUCUCGGAGCCUCGAGUCGACGACGAUGGCGAACGCGAAGCUCCUGCCCCUUUGCCUCGCGCUGCUGGCGGCGCUGACAGUUUCCUCAACGGAAGUUUCCUCUCCGACGGAAGCCUCUUCCUUUUGCUCCACGCCCUUCGACCCCGUGGGCGGCAAGUGCAUCCUGGUGGACAUCUUCGAGUCGGUGACGUGGAUGGAGGCCGUGUACCUGUGCGAGAAGUUCGAGGCCGAGCUAGUCACACUUGAGAGUCCGAACUUCUUUGGGGAACUUCUGGAUUAUUUGUAUUUCAAAGAACUGAGUGGCCAUGACUACUGGGUGGGCGCCAACGACACCGAGACGGAGGGAGAGUGGGCGUGGCUGAAUGGGACGCCCGUGAGAAUGGGCACGCCUCUGUGGGCGCUGUACCGUUACAGUAGCAGUGACUAUGAACAGGAGCCGACCUCAAGCGGCAGCAGCGGCGGCGACUGCGCCUUCAUGGACAAGUCCCGCUUCCUGUACCUGGACGACGGCGAAUGCGAGAGCACGAAGGCCGCCAUCUGCCAGCUGCCUGCCGGGGCCUCCGCGUCCGCCGGGAAGCCUCGGCGUCUGCCCGAG